UAACGGUGGCGGCUGGUUCUGCGCCGGAUCCGGGAGAGGGGCGGGCGCCAUUGUGCUUCGCUGCGGACUGCUUUUCUUCAGUCACAGGCCUAGAACUCCAAGGAGGAAAGCGGUGGUGCUGGUCGCUGCGAGCAGGACGCGCACUGGUCAGUGCCGGCUCAGGAGCCGGGAAAAAUCUAUAAGAAUGGAGUCUAAACCUUCAAGGAUUCCAAGAAGAAUUUCUGUUCAACCCUCCAGCUCCUUAAGCACUAGGAUGAUGUCUGGAAGUAGAGGAAGUAGUUUAAAUGAUACCUAUCACUCAAGAGACUCUUCAUUUAGAUUGGAUUCUGAAUAUCAGUCUACGUCAGCAUCAGCAUCUGCGUCACCAUUUCAAUCUGCGUGGUAUAGUGAAUCUGAGAUAACUCAGGGAGCACGCUCAAGAUCGCAGAACCAGCAACGGGAUCAUGAUUCAAAAAGACCUAAACUUUCCUGUACAAACUGUACUACCUCAGCUGGGAGAAAUGUUGGAAACGGUUUAAACACGUUAUCAGAUUCAUCUUGGAGGCAUAGUCAAGUUCCUAGAUCUUCAUCAGUGGUACUUGGAUCAUUUGGAACAGACUUAAUGAGAGAGAGGAGAGAUUUGGAGAGAAGAACAGAUUCCUCUAUUAGUAAUCUUAUGGAUUAUAGUCACCGAAGUGGUGAUUUCACAACUUCAUCAUAUGUUCAAGACAGAGUUCCUUCAUAUUCACAAGGAGCAAGACCAAAAGAAAACUCAAUGAGCACUUUACAGUUGAAUACAUCAUCCACAAACCACCAAUUGCCUUCUGAACAUCAGACCAUACUAAGUUCUAGGGACUCCAGAAAUUCUUUAAGAUCAAAUUUUUCGUCGAGGGAAUCAGAAUCUUCCCGAAGCAAUGCACAGCCUGGAUUUUCUUACAGUUCAAGUAGAGAUGAAACCCCAGUCAUAAGCAAUUCAGAAAGGGUUGUUUCAUCUCAAAGACCAUUUCAAGAAUCUUCUGACAAUGAAGGUAGGCGGACAACCAGGAGAUUGCUGUCACGCAUAGCUUCUAGCAUGUCAUCUACUUUUUUUUCACGAAGAUCUAGUCAGGAUUCCUUGAAUACAAGAUCAUUGAAUUCUGAAAAUUCUUACGUUUCUCCAAGAAUCUUGACAGCUUCACAGUCCCGUAGUAAUGUACCAUCAACUUCUGAAGUUCCCGAUAAUAGGGCAUCUGAAGCUUCUCAGGGAUUUCGAUUUCUUAGGCGAAGAUGGGGUUUGUCAUCUCUUAGCCACAAUCAUAGCUCUGAGUCAGAUUCAGAAAAUUUUAACCAAGAAUCUGAAGGUAGAAAUACAGGACCAUGGUUAUCUUCCUCACUUAGAAAUAGAUGCACACCUUUGUUCUCUAGAAGGAGGCGAGAGGGAAGAGAUGAAUCUUCAAGGAUAUCUACCUCUGAUACAUCAUCUAGAUCUCAUAUUUUUAGAAGAGAAUCAAAUGAAGUGGUUCACCUUGAAGCACAGAAUGAUCCUCUUGGAGCUGCUGCCAACAGACCACAAGCAUCUGCAGCAUCAAGCAGUGCCACAACAGGUGGCUCUACAUCAGAUUCGGCUCAAGGUGGAAGAAAUACAGGAAUAGCAGGGAUUCUUCCUGGUUCCUUAUUCCGGUUUGCAGUCCCCCCAGCACUUGGGAGUAAUUUGACCGACAAUGUCAUGAUCACAGUAGAUAUUAUUCCUUCAGGUUGGAAUUCAGCUGAUGGUAAAAGUGAUAAAACUAAAAGUGCGCCUUCAAGAGAUCCAGAAAGAUUGCAGAAAAUAAAGGAGAGCCUCCUUUUAGAGGACUCAGAAGAAGAAGAAGGUGACUUAUGUAGAAUUUGUCAAAUGGCAGCUGCAUCAUCAUCUAAUUUGCUGAUAGAGCCAUGCAAGUGUACAGGAAGUUUGCAGUAUGUCCACCAAGAGUGUAUGAAAAAGUGGUUACAGGCCAAAAUUAACUCUGGUUCUUCAUUAGAAGCUGUAACCACCUGUGAACUAUGUAAAGAGAAGCUGGAGCUUAACCUGGAGGAUUUUGAUAUUCAUGAACUACAUAGAGCUCAUGCAAAUGAACAAGCUGAGUAUGAGUUUAUCAGCUCUGGUCUCUACCUAGUGGUGUUACUGCACUUGUGCGAACAAAGCUUUUCUGAUAUGAUGGGAAAUACAAAUGAACCAAGCACACGUGUCCGAUUUAUUAACCUUGCAAGAACUCUUCAGGCACAUAUGGAAGAUCUCGAAACUUCAGAGGAUGAUUCCGAAGAAGAUGGAGACCAUAACAGGACAUUUGAUAUUGCCUAACUUCAUAUAAGACAGAUGGAUGAUCUGUAAACACAAAUGUUUAUUAAAAAUGGCAAUUAAAUAUAAAUUACUUUUGUGGGGGAAUGGCUAAUAAAUACAUUUACUAUAUAUAAAAUGAAUAUAUACAUACACAUGUAUGCCUGUAUAUAUAUAUUCAUUCUCAAGUGUUGCUGAAUUAAAAUUCUGCUGGACUUUUUAACAUAGCAAAUCUGAUGUUUAUAAACUGGUAAUCAAAAAGGUUUUUUUCUUUUAAGUAAGUGGGGAAGUAUUACCCUUGUUUUAAAUAAGCAAUGCCUAUCAACCCUUUUUUUGUGUUCUGAUUACUGUAGUCUUAUUUAUGAAAAAAGGUUUGUGUUUUACUCUUGCUAGUGAGAAAAGUGGGACAAAAUAUACUUUUGAAAUAAAAUGCUAUAUGGCACCUAAUUAUUUUUUCUUUUAAAAUGCCUUAAGUUGCAGUCUCAUUUUGAUAAUCAUUUGCUUCCAGUGUUUAAAAAUUUAAAAAAGAAUGGGGAAGUUAUGAGAAGAGCAUUAUAUUAGGUUUCCAAAUUUAAUUUGAAUUCCAAAUUCACUUAGCAAUAAAAUCUAAUUUUUAAAAAGUAUAUAAAUAUAAAAUGUAUAAAUGAUGGAUAGAUUUUUGUAUUGAUUUGCAGAAUGCAGAUUAUAUUUGAUAGGCUAUAGUAUGUAGAUAUUCCUUUUAGGAAUAUUACAGCUCUAAAUUAUAUGAGACUUGCCAGUCAAAUGCUAUUUGGUUUAAAAAAAAAUUAUUGCAAUCUUAAGUUAAUGGAAUAUUUUUAAGUCCCACAUUCAGAGUUUAAAACACUGGUUUUCAAUGUGUUUUUUAGUGUUGUCACUUCUUUAUAGAUAAAUAUAUAAAUAACCUGUUUGGAUCCUGGUCGUUUCUAACUGUUCCUUGGUAAUUCUGAGCAUUUAUUUGAUGACUUAAUAUUUUUCACUACCUUUGGAGAACAGAUGAACAUUAUUUACCACGAAUGGAUCUAUACUGUGGUCAUGAGUUGUGUAUACUUCCACAACACUGUAUUUUUCUUCUGUCAAUACCCUUAGGAUACACUUUAAAACACCUUAAGGUCUGAUGUUAUGGCAACAAACUACUUUUUCAAACCUAAAUGGAACCAUGUAAUUUCUCAAGUGAAUGAACAGUUUGCCCACACUUAGUUUGUUGGUCUUCUGUAAAACAUUGGCUCGAAAUAAAGUGCACACUGAUUUA